CAUUAUUUUGUGCAGAUGCACCAAGGAAUACCUCAAUAUCAGUCACUCCCCCUGGUGGUGAUAUACUAGAGGGCAGUUCAGUGACUCUGACCUGUGGCAGUGAUGCCAACCCACUAGUGCACAACUUCACCUGGUACAGGAAGACUGGAGAUGAAACCUUACAGAUAGGAUCGGGACAAAAUUACAGCGUCACCAGAAUCCACUCUAAGUGCAGUGGACAUUACUACUGUCUGGCAGAGAAUGUUGUUGGAAGUGACCGGUCUUUAUCCCUGCUGGUGGACGUCAAAUAUGCUCUGAGGAACAUUACAGCAUUGCUUAGUCCCUCCGUGACUAUAAUGGAAGGCGCUUCAGUGACUCUGACCUGCAACAGUGAUGCCAACCCACCUGUGCACAACUACACGUGGUACAAGAAGUAUAGCAGGACUGAAUCCAGCCUAAUUGGAUCAGGGCAGAAGUACAGCAUCUCUCACGCCAGGCUUGUACACAGAGGCCGGUAUUAUUGUAAGGCAGAGAACAAAGUAGGAGCCACUGCAUCUACAACUCUUCCUGUACACGUGCACAAGCCCCCACUGUGGGGGUCCAUAGGACCGCUGUUAGCACCUAUACUCAUCCUCAUGGCUGGCACAGUGGCAGUGUGUCUCAGUGUGUGUUGGAGAAACACAGAAACUACACCAGCAGAAGAUGACAGUAUGACACACAGUGGAAAGGUAGGGUAUGUGACAGAGGGAGCUGUGUGACCUGAUAGGAGCAAUUGCUCAGAUGGACUUGCCUCUGUGAAUAUUUCCACUGCAACCGGUCACAUCUUUUCACCCACCCACCUGAUGUGAUGUUUAUUUCCCACCUGUACACCUAUUCUCUUGCCACACUAGGAAGACUCCGGUCCCAUUUACUGCAACAUUUCAGCAAUGCCCACA